GUCACUUCCGUCUGUCGUUGCAUCCGAUGUAGACGGACACGGAAGGAUCAUAGAGACCCUGAACUUGGAUCAAUCAAGGAAAUAAUUAACAUUGUGCUAUACAACAGAGCCUAAGCUGCCUGCCAGUCCCAGUCUACUGCCCAGUCUGAGGAGCCUCCAUGGCGGACAGUUUCCAGGCUAUGGCAGCCUUGUUGCUGCAGGGACUUAAAGAUGCAGGAGCUGGAGUCUUCAUGGCCUACAGGGUGGACCAGGCAGCGGUGGAACUGGAGAAGCGAAGGCGGGAGGAGCUUCAGCACCAGCAGCAGACCAUUCUCGCCAAACGUCGCGCCCAACGGAUGCCGGAAGUCGUCCGACAGGACCGGCCGCGCAUCCUGCACCGCAUCGUGCUGUGCUGCAGCUGGAACGCCGGCGUCUUCUGGCUCAGCAUCCUCAUCUUCUGGGAGGCGGUCCUACCAGCGCUGCGCUUCAUCACCGAGAACAUUUUCAGUGGUUCUCCCACCCACGGGCUGGUUUGGACGUGGAUCACGUUUUUCCUGUCGGCCAUCAUCUAUCCACUGUGGAUCGUCCCGCUGUUCUUACUCAGCAAGGUGGUGAACAGUCUCUGGUUCCAGGACAUCGCUGAUGCCGCGUACCGCAAGUCCCACGGUCGGCCGGUCUACGCCAGGAAGAUCAGCCUAAGUAAGAUGAUCGCAGAUCUCCUCUUCAGUGUCCUGAUGCAGUCUCUGUUCCUGAUCCAGACCGAAGUGGUCAAGCUGAUCCCCAUCGCCGGCGUCGGCCAGGCUGCCAGUUUUGUACACUUGUCUCUCCUGUGCUCACUGUACUCCUUCGAGUACAAGUGGUUCAACAUGGGGUGGGAGGUGCAGAAACGUGUCACGUAUGUUGAGAACAACUGGCUGUACUUCCUGGGGUUCGGACUUCCCCUCGCCCUGCUGACGUCCUUACCAUCCUCCUUCCUCAUCAGCGGAUGUGUCUUCUCCAUUCUCUUCCCGCUCUUUAUAAUUGGUGGGAACGAGGCAAAGCCCCCGGCACAGCAGUUAAACUAUCCUCUCAGACUCUUCACCAUAGUCACAGUGAUUAGUAACAAAGUGUUCAAUGCAACUGUAGGAUACAGGAACGUCACAGCAUCCAAACCCUCACCAAAACCUGAGAGAAAAGAAGCGUCAUAAUGCUUGGUGAGAGGUCAGUAGUUUUUGUAAGUGUAGCAUGCUGAAAGGUAAUGAAAUCCACAUGUACUUUGUAAUACAAAUACGUUGUUGCCAUGUGAUUAGAGCUACUAGUAUGUUAUUCCUUGGGAUUUUGAACCAUGAAAGUUGGACACUUGGAAAUUUUUGAUACUGGUUACCUGAAAUGCUGAAUGUACAGUUGUGUGAUAAUUUUAUUCAUAAGAGACAAUGUGUAAGACUAGAGCAGCUUUUGGACAUGAUUUUACUAUACCUAUUUCUGUUGAUGAAAAAGAUGUAAGAACUAUCAGAAAUGCAGAAUCCUGUGAAUGUAACAGCUGUUUAUAUGGUGUACUUGAAGGGUGUAGCUAUGUUUUGACAUGUGUCUAUUUUGUAACUGUUGUCUUGUAGUACAAUACAUGUCACUAUGAACAUCUCAUGUUACUUAAUCUGUUAUGAUUGAACAAAGUGCAACGUAUGUGCAGCAUUUUCUUAUUUUCAGAUAUUGAAAAAGUAAAAAAUUAAUGUUUUAUUUUCACCAGUUUAAGGAUUGUUAAAAAUGCAAGGAGGAAUAUCAUGUGUCAAGAGUAUUGAAUGGAGGAAAGAAUGAAGCUAUUCUGCUUAAAAAUGUUAAAAACAAAACAUUACAUUUAAGUUAGUAUUACAACAGUAUAUACAAGAUAUAGUGGUCAAAGUAGUGUGCCAGAAACAUGUAAAAUUAGUGACUUCAUUUAAUAAAAUGUUAUUAUCACAUAUUCA